UCCUCUCUUAUGCUCUCGUGCUUGAGCCACAGAUCCGUUUCUCCUCAACUUCGUCUCUUGAUCUUGCCUUCACUCAAUUCUUUGAAGAUCGACACUUAUCCCGGCUCGCCUUCUUCUCUUAGAAACAAACAAUCCCACGUCUCCUUCUCGCCUUCUCACCAUCCCAAAGUCGUGGUUCUUUUUAGUUCUUGGUGUGUUAAUCGAAACCAAAACUCAGUCUCUCGUCUCCGUAACGAUGAACGAUCUUCUUAAGGGUUCGUUUGAGCUUCCCCGAGGCCAAUCUUCUAGAGAAGCGGAUGUUGAACUAGGAGAACAACAAGGUGGAGAUCAAGGAUUAGAAGAUUUCUUCAAAAAGGUUCAAGAGAUUGAGAAACAGUAUGAAAAGCUAGACAAGCUUCUAAAGAAACUUCAGGCAGCCCAUGAGGAGUCAAAGGCUGUGACCAAGGCUCCUGCCAUGAAGGCAAUAAAGAAGAAGAUGGAAAAGGAUGUUGAUGAAGUUGGAAGUAUUGCCCGUUUUAUAAAGGGGAAACUCGAGGAGUUGGACAGAGAGAACUUGGCAAAUAGACAAAAACCUGGAUGUGGAAAAGGAUCUGGUGUAGAUCGAUCAAGAACAGCAACGACACUUUCCUUAAAGAAGAAGUUGAAAGACAAGAUGGCUGAGUUUCAGGUUCUACGAGCGAACAUUCAACAAGAGUAUCGCGAUGUUGUUGAUAGGCGAAUUUAUACAGUAACUGGUCAGCGGGCGGAUGAAGAUACUAUUGAUGAAUUAAUUGAAACUGGAAACAGCGAACAGAUCUUCCAAAAAGCGAUUCAGGAGCAAGGAAGAGGACAGGUAAUGGAUACCUUGGCGGAAAUCCAAGAACGUCAUGAUGCUGUCAGAGACUUAGAAAAGAAACUUCUUGACUUACAACAAAUUUUCUUGGAUAUGGCAGUUUUGGUAGACGCACAAGGAGAAAUGCUUGACAACAUAGAAUCUCAGGUGUCAAGUGCAGUAGAUCACGUGCAAUCAGGAAACACGGCUCUUCAAAGAGCAAAAAGCUUACAGAAGAACUCAAGGAAAUGGAUGUGCAUUGCAAUUAUUAUCCUCCUUAUUGUGGUUGCAGUCAUUGUUGUUGGUGUUCUCAAACCUUGGAAAAACAAGAGUGCUUGAGGAAAUCAGAGAAUGUACAAAAAAAAGAAAAAACCUUAUGCACGGCUUUGAGUGAGGGAGUGUUUUGUUUAUGAUGUGUGUGUGUUUUUUACCAAGAAACAACAAAAUUCUAUAUUCUUUUAACUGGAAACAAACCAAUUUUCUCUUUUCAUUGUGCACCCCAAUUUCACGUGGAUUUAAAGGAAUUUUUAAUUGAUAAUUUCAGUUGUUA